GGUGGCGGCGGUGAUGGUUUUAUCAUCAGAGAGCUCAUUGGUAAGCUUGGUAACAUAGGGAAUCACAACAGCUCCGGUGAGAUCUACGGAGGAACAACUCCGAUGUCUAGGUCCGCCUCGUGUUACGCAACUCCGAUGAGCUCUCCACCGCCGCCGUCGAAUUCGAAUUCUCAUAUAAUGAUGAACAGAACGACGCCGUUGACUGAAUUCUCAGCGGAUCCGGGUUUUGCGGAGAGAGCUGCGAGAUUCUCUUGCUUUGGUAGCCGGAGCUUUAAUGGAAGAACCAAUUCAAAUCUUCCGGUUAACAACAACAACGUCGUCAACAACUCCGGGAAACUGACACGUGUCUCAAGCACACCGGCUCUGAAGGCUCUCGUUUCACCGGAAGUCGCACCGAUGAUUCCCGGCGGAGAAUUUUCCCGAAAGAGAAAAGUUCUGCCGAAAGGGAAAUCCAAAGAAAAUCCCAUUUCCACAGCUUACCCAUCUCCUAGUUUCUCAAAGACGGCGGAAAAGAAAGAAGAUUGGAGUGGAAAAGGAAGUAAAAGCUCAGAAGAAAAAGGAGGAAAAAGGAGAAGAGAGGAUGAAGAAGAUGAUGAUGUAGAAGAAGAAGAAGGGGAAGGGAACAAAAACAAUAACACUAAACCACCUGAGCCUCCUAAAGAUUACAUCCAUGUUCGAGCUCGACGCGGCCAAGCCACCGAUAGUCACAGCCUCGCCGAACGAGUUCGGAGGGAGAAGAUUGGUGAACGGAUGAAGCUUCUUCAAGAUCUUGUGCCCGGAUGCAAUAAGGUUACUGGAAAAGCACUGAUGCUUGAUGAAAUUAUAAACUACGUACAAUCAUUGCAAAGACAAGUUGAGUUCUUGUCAAUGAAGUUAUCAUCAGUGAACGACACCAGGCUGGAAUUUAACGUGGACGCUCUUGUGUCAAAGGAUGUUAUGAUUCCAUCAAGUAACAACCGAUUGCAUGAAGAAGGACUCCAAUCAAAGUCUUCAAGUCAUCAUCAUCAACAACUUAAUAUUUACAAUAAUAAUAAUUCACAAUUACAUCCCAAUAACAUGAUGCUCCAAUCUCCCAUAAACUCUUUGGAAACGUCUUGCUUAGCCAGAAGCUUCACUCACUUACAAACACUUACGCAAUUCACUGACUCAAUUUCUCAGUAUCAAAUGUUUAGCGAAGAAGAUUUACAAAGCAUUGUAGGAAUGGGAGUGGCACAAAACCCCAACCAUGAAUCUCAACACAUGAAACUUGAGCUUUGA